UCCGAACUCCAACUCCACAGCUAAAAUCCUUAAAAAAAAAAAGAAAAAGAAAAAGAAAAAGAAAACUCCAUAGCCAAAAUACCAAAAGAGCUUUGAGUUUGUCCGUCGUUUGCUGUACCUUGCAUGCUACAUUGAACACGACCAUGGUCUAGGGCUCUAUCUCAGCAGAGAACUGUAUCACGCACAAGAACCAUGGCCUUCAAUUUCCUUUACUUUGCUCUGUUGUUCACUUUCCACCUCCAAUUCUCUCUCGCUGGACAAACGAAUUUGAUGGAAUCGGUUCCUGAUCUUCAGAAUUCUAUGUACAAGGUUGUCGAUGGAUAUCCUUGUGUACGGCUAGUCAAUUCUUCUGGGGAGAUUGGAUGUUCAAAUCCUGGAAGAGAGAAGGUUGUUGCUCCAAUUAUAAGAUUCAAAGAUGCUAACACAUUGUCUCGUUCGUCCACAAUUUUGCUGUCAUUUGAUGAAGUUGAAAGUUUUUUUGCCAGGAUUGCGGAUGAUUCUACUUUUGCUAGAAAUGUUGGUGGGGUUUUAGUUGAAUCAGGGGCUGAAUUUCAAGAUAAGUUACGAGGAUUCUCUCCAGCUCAUAAGUUCCCUCAAGCUGAAUUUGCACCUUACAAAAGCACUAACUAUGAGUGGAACCCAAUUGGAUCUGGUAUUAUGUGGCGGAGGUACAAUUUUCCUGUGUUCUUGCUCUCUAAGAACAGUGCUGUGACCAUCCAGGAGGUUGCUCUAGAAAAUGAGAAGAAAAAGAGAUCAUAUACCACUGUUGUGGCCGAGUUUGAUCUGGUCAUGCAGACAAUGAAAGCUGGGACUCAUGAUUCCAAAUCUUGUUUGACAGAAGAAACAUGUCUUCCAUUAGGUGGAUAUAGUGUUUGGUCAUCGCUUCUGCCAAUUAAUACCUCAUCCUUGGACCAGGCCAAGCCCAUUAUAUUAGCUGUGGCAUCAAUGGAUGCAGCUUCAUUUUUCCGCGACAAAAGCCUUGGUGCGGACUCCCCCAUAUCAGGUCUGAUUUCGCUGCUGGCUGCGGUUGAUGCACUAUCACGUUUGGAUGGUCUGGAUGACCUCAAUAAACAGCUUGUUUUUCUUGUUUUAACUGGAGAGAGUUGGGGUUACCUUGGUAGUAGGAGAUUUUUGCUCGAACUUGAUCUGCAGUCUGAUGCUGUUAGUGGCCUUGAUAACUCAUUGUUUGAGAUGGUCGUGGAAGUUGGAUCUGUUGGAAAGGGCUUCAACCAGGGAGUCACUAACUUUUACGCUCAUACCACUGGGGUUUCAUCUGCUACAAAGAAGUUGUGGGAUGCAUUAAAGCACGCUGAAGAUUCCCUCAAGUCUGAAAAUGUUACAAUCUCAUCAGCAAAUGCUUCGAACCCUGGGAUACCCCCGUCUUCCUUGAUGACUUUCGUCAAAAAGAAUUCUCUUACCUCUGGGGUUGUGUUAGAAGAUUUUGAUACCGUCUUCUCCAACAAGUUCUAUGAUAGCCACCUUGAUGAUAUUUCAAAUAUAAACUCUUCAUCAAUUGCGGCAGCUGCUUCCCUUCUGGUGCGGUCCCUUUACGUCCUUGCAAGUGAUACUAAAAAUUUAAGCACUUCAGCUCUAGCAGCUGUCAAUGUGAAUGUUUCACUAGUUGAAGAACUUAUGGGUUGCCUACUGAGCUGUGAGCCUGGCCUGUCUUGCGAGCUUGUGAAAAACUAUAUUGCACCCUCCAGUACCUGCCCAAGCCAUUAUGUUGGUGUUGUUCUCGAUGAGCCUUCAUCCACACCGCCUUUAGAAUACGUCAGUGAUGUUUCAAGAUUUGUGUGGAAUUUUCUGGCUGACAGAACCUCUGUUCUGAAAGGCCAGAAUACUAGUUCUGCUUGUUCACAAGAUUGCAGCAGCGAAGGUGGAGUGUGCAUCAGAGCGGAAACAGAUGGAAAGGGAGUUUGUGUUGUCUCCACAACCAGAUAUGUACCGGCAUACUCUACACGGUUGCAAUUUCAUUCUGGAACUUGGAUUGUCUUGCCUCCAAAUUCAUCUGAUCUUAUGGGUUUGGUCGAUCCUGUUUGGACGGAAAGUAAUUGGAAUGCAAUUGGGCUGCGAGUCUACAUUGUGCAGUCUGCUGCUUAUGACUGCCUCGUUCUACUUGGCGGUAUUGCUGUUACAGCCUUGGCUUACCUCGCCAUUGUAAUCACCAGAGCCACCAUCGCGAAGAUCUUGAAGCAAGAUUGAGUAGGCGCCUCAAAAGCCAUUUUGAAGAACUUUUACCGAGGAGGUGUUGGGACUUGAAUCGAGAGAUUCUCGUUUGCGUCUUCGAAUAUUUUCGAAGGAUGUUGCAUUAUUGAAGUCGCGUCCUCCGUUGGAAUUUUUUAGGAAUUAUUCAUUCCGUUUGGUUAGUGUAGGAUGGAUGGUCAAAGUAGUCUAGUAAUGCUUGAAUGAAAUUCAUCCUCUUAAGGAAGUCCCUGAUUUCAAUUUUUGCAAAUAUGUUGGGAAUCUUCUUAGUUGGACAGUUUUGUCCCCACACUUACAUAGGUGAAAGCAAAAUGUCAUUUCAGUUGUCCUGCUUAUCUCGAUUGUUUAUCUGAUGUGCGACUUAUGGAACAGAGGAGAUUUUUUCAGUGCCGUUUAUAACAAGCAAAGAUGUAACGAUUUAAUUUGGAGUUUGGAUGGCUUUUGAUAUGUCAUAUACUGAUAUUGGAUGGUCUAAUUUAAUUUGGGGAUAAA